GGUGGCUUCCUUGCACCAUGCUGAUUCCCUGCCUGUGGACAACUCUUCCGUGGAUUGUUCUGGGCCAGACCUACUACCUGAGCUUUGUUUUCAACAACUUCCGGUAUUCGGACAAGCCGGCCGAAAUAUACGCACCUGAUCUUGGGAUGCCCAACAACAAAAAUACUAAAAGCCCCAACAAGGAGGAGAAAACACUGGAGCUGGUAUCGAUGGAGCGUUCGGAUGAGAGGAAAAUCAGUAAGCCCAUUCCAGAUAGGGAGCCUGAGGACGAUGAUACUCUAGAACUUAGUUCUGCAGAAAGGUCUCACGAUUCUGAGGAAGACGAGUCCAUAUGGAUAGUGGCCACGACACCGAGGAAGCCAAAGAAGACCACUAAAAAGAAGAAGAAAACUUCUAGGAGGCCGACGACGCUCUCAACGGAAAUGGACACCCCAGAGUCUCCCGAGGAGAUAACCACAGAGUCCACUAAGGCCACUCCGACGGUUGGAAAGCCAACUGCUGAGAUCCCCAAGGAAUCCCGAGAGGAUGAUGCCAAGGAAUCAAACAAAAACUCAACCAGUGCCACUGAAAGCCCCUCAGGCAAUCCACAAGGCGAGAGGCCCGAACCCACCCCCAAGGAAUCCACUAUUAGUCCUGAGGAGUGGAACAUUCUUCAAGGCAUCAGGUCCCAUCCGCCGGAGUUCUUCAGCUAUCCCGAGGCCAGAUGCCACGAGGAUAUGGACUUGCACGAAGUGUUCGGCAUCAGCCUGGAACGAGACCGGGGCCUACCCAGCAAGGUCCUGUGCACGUUCAACAACUCCUGGGGAGGACCCUGGCUCCUGACCACCCGCAUCGAGCUGCCAGUGCGCCUCCACAUGCGUCAGUGGUUCUUUGGCUACCUGACGGAGGACUACAAGGACUUAAGUGCCAACUUCUUGGCCCUGGCCCACAUCAUGAACUCCAUGCGCACGGCCAUGCUUAUCCUUGGCCAGGACAACAGUAACAGACUGGUCUACAAUCUCUACGACGACGUCGUCAUCUCGAGUAUCAACGACCUGUUCCUGCUGCGGAAGGCGGAGUUGGUGGAGGCCAAUACCCCGGAUCUGCUAUUCGGCUCCGUGGGCAAGGUGUUCAACCUGUUUUCCGGCCGCAACCGAACGUGUCCUUUGCAGGUUUUGGGCGGCUGGUGGGCAUCAGAGGCCCAGUCUGACUGGUAGGGAUGAGGAUACCUUAAGACCUUUAAGGACCAUCCGAAUAAAAUGCUUACACUUUCAGCGUCUUUCCAGUCAACCGAAAUGUUACGCUGCCCGGCUACAUGGCCUUCUUCAUCAAGCCCAGCCUGUUUCCGGUGAACCACACGGCUCU